AUGGCACUAUUUCAGGAAAUUCGACGUCAAGGAGAAGUCCCGCAGGACUUCAAGGACGUCCCAAUCGUCCAUCCCUAUAAUCGGAAAGGAAACCGCCAGCUCUGUGGCAACUACCGACGCAUCUCUCUUCUGAAAAGUGCCUGGAAAAUCUUCGCUCGCAUUCAUCUAAAUCGUUUGAACAACCACCUAAAACAAGGCCUCCUGCCGGAAAGCCAGUGCGGCUUCCACCGCCAUCGUGAGACCACGGACAUGAUCUUCACCGCCCGCCAAUUGCAGGAGGAAUAUCAGGAGAUGCGGGCCCACUUCUACUUUACCUUCUUGAAUCUGAUGAAAGCCUUCGAUACGCUGAAACACGAAGGACUGUGA